UGCAACCAACAUAAUGCUGAAGUUCCCAACUUGGAACAAGUAUUUCACAGAAUGGCACAAACAGAACCUAGUCUGGACCAUGAUGUAUCAUGGUUCCUCCUUCCAUCAUACUGGGCUAAAAUGGUUGUGGCAUUAAUUUCCUUCCUCUGUUUUGCUAACAGCUAUGAUGGAGAUUUUGUCUUUGAUGAUUCUGAAGCCAUCAUCAAUAAUAAGGACCUCAGGGCAGAAACCCCACUUGGUGACCUGUGGCAUCAUGACUUUUGGGGUAGCAAACUCAGCAGCAAUACCAGUCAUAAGUCAUAUCGACCACUAACUGUCCUAACUUUCAGAAUUAAUUACCUUUUUGCUGGAGGCUUCUACCCAGUUGGUUUCCAUGUCAUCAAUAUAAUACUGCAUUGUACUAUCUCAGUGUUGAUGGUUGAUGUGUUCUCGAUAUUAUUGGGUGGACUGCAAUUCAGUAAUAAAGGAAGAAGGCUAAACCUGGCUCCAAAGACAUCUCUUAUAGCUGCUUUGCUGUUUGCUGUACAUCCAGUGCACACCGAAUGUGUUGCCGGGAUUGUUGGCAGAGCAGACCUGCUGUGUGCCCUGUUCUUUUUGUUGUCAUUCCUUGGCUACUGUAAAGCAUUUCGAGAAAAUAAGGAAGGACAUAAUUUUUCUAUAUUCUGGGUGCUGGUGAGUGUUAUCCUAGGUGCAGUAGCCAUGCUGUGCAAAGAACAAGGAAUUACAAUACUGGGUUUGAAUGCAGUGUUUGAUGCACUGGUCAUUAACAAGCUAAAUGUUUUGGAGCUUAUUCAAAAGUUACUACAUAAGGACAAGUCAUUGGAGAAUGCUGGGCUGUUAAGAAAGGGGCUGCUUUUCAGGAUAACUCUUCUGAUGUCUGGAGGGGCCACUAUACUUUAUGUACGCUGGAGGAUUAUGGGCACAGGGCCACCAGCUUUCACUGAAGUAGACAACCCAGCUUCAUUUGCAGACAGUCUGUUUGUAAGAGCUAUAAACUAUAAUUACUACUAUUCAUUGAAUGCAUGGUUGCUGUUGUGUCCCUGGUGGCUGUGUUUUGAUUGGUCAAUGGGCUGCAUACCCCUCAUUAAAUCCGUCAGCGACUGGAGGAUAAUUGCACUAGCAGCACUUUGGUUCUGCCUAAUUGGUCUGAUAUGCCAAGCUCUGUGCUCAGAAGACAGCCAUAAGAGAAGAAUUCUUACCCUGGGACUCGGAUUUCUUAUUAUCCCUUUUCUUCCUGCAAGUAACCUGUUCUUCCGAGUAGGAUUUGUUAUUGCAGAGAGAGUCAUCUACCUCCCCAGUAUUGGAUAUUGUAUUCUGUUUACAUACGGAUUUAGUCUCUUGAGUAAGCAAGCCAAGAAAAAGAAAAUUCUUGCUGCGGCAGUACUUGGGAUCUUGGUGAUAAAUGUUAUGCGCUGUGCACUCCGCAGCAGUCAGUGGAGGUCAGAAGAACAGCUUUUUAGGAGUGCUCUGUCUGUGUGCCCUCUGAAUGCAAAAGUAAGUCAUUCAU